CGUUUUAGCGCUAUAAUUAGAAGACAUAUGACAAAAAAGAUGGCAGCGAUUGCCGACCGCUGUCCCUCGGAUAUAUUGCAAAAAUGGCGCAUUAUCUGAUAUUUUCACAAGAUUUUAUAAUUAUAAGUGAAAAUUUGUGCAGUGCUAAAUUGUGAUGGUGUGUUGUUUUACAUGAAUGACAGUGUUAACCGUGUGUAAACAGGACUGCGACUCUCAUCUGGAUAUUGGAUUACACAUAAAAUCAAGUCACAAUGGUGGUGGGCGAGAACAAGAGGUCCAACAUCAUGGACGGCAUCGAGAACACGGGCGACGUCCGUCUGCACGACCACCGGCUGCGGCUCAAACAGAGAUUCGACAUAGUCAGAAAGCUCGGACAGGGCACGUACGGCAAGGUCCAGCUGGGCAUCAACAAGAAAACCGGGCAGGAGGUCGCCAUCAAGACCAUCAAGAAGUGCAAGAUCGAGUCGGAGGCGGACCUGGUGCGCAUCCGGCGGGAGGUGCAGAUCAUGUCCUCCGUGCGGCAUCCCAACAUUGUACAUAUUUAUGAAGUAUUUGAAAAUAGUGAAAAGAUGAUCCUCGUGAUGGAGUACUGCUCGGGCGGCGAGCUGUACGACUACCUCAGCCAAAAGAAAGUAUUACAAGAAGACGAAGCGAGAAGGUUAUUCCGCCAGAUCGCGACGGCCGUUUAUUAUUGCCAUAUACAUAAGAUAUGCCAUAGAGACUUGAAGCUGGAGAAUGUGUUGCUGGACGACACUGGCAGCGCUAAGAUAGCCGACUUCGGCCUGUCCAAUGUGUUCAAAGAGACGUCGCUGCUGUCGACGUUCUGCGGCUCGCCGCUGUACGCGUCGCCGGAGAUUGUUAAAGGAACUCCAUACAUCGGUCCUGAGGUGGACUGCUGGUCUCUGGGCGUGCUCCUCUAUACCCUGGUGUACGGCGCCAUGCCGUUCGACGGCUCCAACUUCAAGCGCCUCGUGCGCCAGAUCAGCAACGGCGACUACUACGAGCCCAAGAGCCCUUCCACCGCGUCGCCGCUGAUCCGGGACAUGCUGACCGUGGACCCUCUCAAGCGCGCGGACAUCGUGUAUAUUUGUGAUCACUCAUGGGUGAACACGGGCUGCGAGACGGGCUGCCUGGAGAUGGCGGAGAUGCUGGCGGCCGAGACGCCGGUGCGCCUCGACCUGCUGCUGUCGCUGGCGCCGCCGCCCACCAACUCCGUCGUGGUGCCCAACGAGGCCGAGCUGACAGCAUCAGAGAGCGGCGCAGAACUCACAACGUCAGCCUCGAUGGCCAUGGUGGAGCCGAGCAGCUCCGCCGAGAAGAGAAUCCUGGACCUCAUGGCUGAGGGCGGUGAAGACGCCAUCAAGCCGUCGCCGACGCGCACCAUCGUGGCCGACAACAAGCGCAAGCUGGAGCUGGCCGCGUCGGCCGCCGCGCUCGGCAGGAAGAAGGAGCGCGUGCACAGCGCGGCGAGCCUGGCGGGCGGCGCGCCGGGGCCGGCGGCGGAGCCCGGGGCGCCAGAGCCGGUCCAACCCACCCUGAAGUCUUCGGCCACCAUGACGCUGUCCCCCGCGCCCGCUGCCCCCGCUGCCCCCGCUGCCCCCGCUGCCCCCGCCGCCCCCGCGCAGCUGGCGCGGGACGCCACGCGGGAGGUGGUCCCGCGGGAGCCGCGCGCCGCCCGCAGCUGCUGCGCGCCGGAGGACGUGUCGGCGGCGGCCGCGCAGCUCACGGGGCUGGCCAUCGCGCAGCCGCAGCCGCUGCCGACGCCGCCGCAGCAGCCGCCCCAGCAGCCGAAACCUAAGAAGUUCUCUAUACCGGGCGGCAAUGUCGGCAGCUUCAAGGAGCAGUUCGAGAGGCGCGCGUCGCUCACGGCGGCGCCCGAGCCCAAGCGGAGCGGACCCAAACCUGCGUCGAAGAUCGCCAAGCCGAAGGCGCAGAGCGAGGACCGCGAGCUGCAGAAGAGCCCCGACGGCGGCUCCGUCAGACUGCAGCAGAUCGGGAUUGAGCCUUCCCCGGCGCCGUUGUCGGAGCUGCCCCAGCACCGCGGCGGCGUGCAGAAGACGGAGAGCGAGCCCACCCACGGCACGCCCGUCGACGCCGCCGUGCUGCUGCAGGACGCCAGGAGGAGCCUCCAGAACUCGAUGGCCAAGCUGGAGGAGGCCAAGGUGGGCGAGGAGAGCCGCCGCCGCGCCGCGCGGGACAUCAUCUCCUCCGCCAUACGGACAGGCAAGCCGCCGGUGCCGUACGGGCGCUCGUCGUCGGCCGGCGUGGCGGCGCUGGGCGGGCUAGCGUCGCCCGGCGCGCCCGGCUCGCCCGGCUCGCUGAGCACGCCCGGCACACCCGGCACGCCCGGCGCGCGCGUGUUCCGCACGGAGGCGCAGCACCGCGUCGAGGACCACCGCCCGAGGGGAGUGUCGGUGGAGCGCAUCAUCCCCAUCGCCGUGGCAGAGGAGGCCCCGCAGCCCGCCCCCGCCCCCGCCUCCGCCCCCGCGCCCGCGCCCGCGCCCGCGCCCGCGCCCGCCGUCAGCAGGCAAACUAGUCACCAACCGCUACGACGAUUAACGUCAAACGAAUCGACGGGCAGCGCGGCCGAGUCCGUGUCGAGCGGCGGCGAACCCAUCAAGAAGAGCGCGAGGGAGUUCAUCAUACCUAUAGCAGUGGAGGGCAAGGGCUACGUCACACCGAGGCAGCGCAGCACCGAGCCCGAGAUGACGCGCAAGCCGCGCAAGCCGAGACGCAUCAGCAGCCUCGUGAGCGGCGGGGAGUCCGAGGAAGAGGACGACACCCACAUGCAUCGCUUGAGGUCGACGCGCGCGGCGCGCGCCGAGUCGGUGAGCUCGGGCGAGGAGGACGAGGAGGACGAGGGCUUCCACCUCCUCACGGCCGAGAACCUCUUCUCCACGCUGCUGCACAGGGUACGCGCGCUGACCAACCGGCUGAACGGCGAGGAGGGCCCCGGCUUCCAGCGCCCGCACUCGCUGUUCAACAACCUGGCGCACGACAACUUCUUCAACAGCCCCCACUUACCCAGGAGAAACUUGCUACGCGAGGGCUGGGGCUCGCGCGACCUGCACGCGGACUUCGAGUCGAUGUUCAGCAAGCCGCGCCCGCCGCCGCGAGGUAAUAGUAAGAAAACGGGUAAACCGGGAAGCGAGAAUAGUCAAGACGAGGCGCUGGACCUGUCGGACCUGGACCUGAGCGGCAUGCGGCUGAGCGGGCGCGAGCUGCGCGCGCUGUCCGGCCUCACGCCCGCGCUGUCCCGCCGCCUGCAGCGCCAGCUGCUCGCCCAGCUGCCGCCCGCCGCCGCGCAGCAGCUGCGCCGCACGCUCUCGCUCUCCGCCCCCGCCGUCUCCGCCGCCCCGCCCGCCCGCAGCUCCUCCGCCGCCUGCUCCACGCUGCCGCGCCCGCGCCGGCCCGAGGCCGAGCCGGACCCGGCGUCGACACCGACGUCACCGACCACGGAACGAACCCCGCCCAGCACGCGGCCCGCCGCGGACCGGCCGCUGCUCAGCAAGUAUCUGACUCCGGAGCGCGCUCUGUCGCUGGACGAGUCGUCGGACGGCGGCUCCGCGCCGUCGGAGCCGGUGGCGCGGCGGCACUCCGUGCGGCUGACGCCGGACCGCCCCCGGAAACGGGUCUCGCGCUUCCUCCGCCCCGACUUCUUCGACGCGCCGCCCGACGAGAGCGUGUACGCGCGGCAGAAGCGCGAGAAAGAGAUGGAGACGCAAAAGAUAUUAAGGGAAAUUCGACAGAAAAAGAGCAGGGCGCUCGAGUCGGGCGUCCGGAGCCCCGAGUGCGGCGCCGCGUCGCCCGGGUGCCGCGAGGAGCCCGUGCUGGCGCGCAAGUGCGUGUCCCCCGGCAUCCUGCUGGCCAAGGAGCGCAGCCGCUCCAACACCCCGUUCUUCCCCAUACUGGACAACAUCAAAGAAGCCGCCCCGGACACCCACAAGCUUCCCGAGCUUCCGCCCGAAACCGACAGAAAGACUUACGUUGAUAGUAUUUUAGAUAACAAAUUGACUAGGCCGAAAAGUUUUCCUGUAAAAAAUUUUGAUCAGUUCGAUGAUCAAAGCCGCAGCGCGCCGACGACGGAUGCGAAAGACAAAGAGGAAAGCAAAGAGAAAACCCUGCCUAGGGAGUCUAAACUUAUACGUCCGAAAAGCUACCCCACUAGCAGCCCGUCGCCUGAGAAAGUGUACAUGAAUCGCGCCGUCAACAAGGACGAAACCAUAAACGACACUAGUGAUCCGGUGAAGGAGAAAACGCCUCCGCCGCCUCUCAAUAGUAAAAACGAUGUCGAAGUCAGUUUCAGUAUUAGUUUACCCAGGAAAGCGAAACCCGCUGCACCCGUGAAGACGGAUAACUCUAACGAAACCCCUCAAAAAGAACAGACGCCAGACUCCAAAGAUAGUCCGAGCACAAACCUAGUUUUGAAAAAGUUCGUAGUAGUGAAUAACGAAAGUUCUAGUGAGAAAACGGAUAGUAAAAAUCAUAAAAUUGAAAAUGGUGUAGCGAACGGCAAUUUGAACGGCAGCGCCGUUAAAGUCGAGCCAAAAACUGACGUGAAACCGAAAGUAGUCAACAGUGCAUCUAAAAAAGAAAUCACGCAGAAAUCUUCAGAAACCGAAGGAAAUGAAAAGAAAGGAACUAUUAAAAAGAAAAUAAUUAAGAAAGUUUCGUCCAAAUCAAAGACUGACGUGAGUAGCGCGGACUCGAAAGACAAAUCCGCCGCCGAAAAGAAGAAAGUCACGAAGAAAGUGAAAGAGAAGGAUUCCGAAAACGGCGCCAAGCCGACCGUCCCAAAAAAGAAAUCGGUUUUGCAGUCGAUAGGGCAUAAGUUAGAAAAGUUUACGUCAUCCAAGUCGAACUCCCCCGAGAAAGUGUGCGAGAGCAAAACUAUUAGCGAGGCUAAGAAAGAUACGUCGAAAGUGAGCCGCGCGCAGCGGGAGCAGUCGGAGCCGGCCGCCGCCCAGUCGGCCGCCGCCCAGCCGCCCACCGAGGCCGGCCUCAUCCAGCGCGCCGUCACGCUCGCCGACGUGGCCGCGCUGCAGCCGCCGCCCGGCAAGACCGCCGUCUCCAAGGUCCUGGGCCUCUUCAAGAAGUUCGAACCCAAAGAGAAACUAGUAAAGCCGCUAGAGAAAACUCCAAAUUCAGAGGAGCCGACCGAAGACAUCAUUCCCGAGAGUGACCCGGUAGAAGAAUCUACCGACGACAAACCCAAACGACCCACGUCGUUGCUGCUCAACGGUCUGGGUCGAAAGAAUUACGGGAAAACCGGCAGCGACAGCGUUUCCGUGACGAACGAAAACAACGAACAGUCGGUACUUAAGAAAGAUGUCGAAUCUAAAAAUAAAAAUAGUUUAAAACUGGAUUUCUCCAGGUUGCCAAGAGUUAAAAAAAUAGUUCCUACCGACCCUGUGAUAGAACCGCAAAUUGUGAGCGUUUCUCCCGUAGGUAAAGAGACUGAUAAGGAGGUAGAGAGGAACGGGACGGGCGAGCGCGACGCCCGCAGCCGCUCCGCCGCGUCCGGCUCGGAGCCGGCGCCCGAGCCCGCGCACCCGCUGCGCAACCACGAGCCCACCACGCCCGAGCGGGAGGACAUCGUCGACAGAAUACGAAGGAAGAGCUUCUACUCGAGGUUCAACGAAAAGAAACAACGAAGGAAAAGUAAUCUAGUCGGCCCGGGCGCCACCGAGUACGACCCCAUCGCCGUGCUGCACGGCGCCGAGCGCUCCGACCCGGGCUCGCCCGGCAGCCUCGACCUGUCCCCGGGCUACUCCGCCGCCUCCGAUCUCUCCCCCUCCGCCGAGCGCUACCGAUCUCUCUUGACCGAUACGCCCGUUAGCACUAGGAAUAACUUAAGAUUUGAUAAUUACGGACUGAACGAUAAGAUAGACACGUAUCGAUCUCUCGAUAGGAACGAGUUCCGGAAGUAUCCCACGCGAAGCUACCUAGAUUACGAGCAGGGGUCGUACGGCACGCUGGGCCACCGCUACGGGCGCACCAGGUCGCUGCUGGACGGCGAGGAGGCGGCGCGCGAGCCGCUGCGCUGCGGCCGCACGCUGUCCAUGUACUCGCCCGGCAACUACGCCACCUACCGCCCCAAGACCACCAGGAACUCCGCCAUCAUCCUCAAGGAGACCGACAAGGAACCCAGCCCCGAAAACAUUCUAGAAAGAAUUAGACAACGGAAAAAUUAUUCGAUUAGCGUCACUCGCAAACCGGACCCCGAAAAGGACCCCUCCCCAAGAUCCGCUGUCCCACCUCAAGGCGAAGGCGACGGUGCAGAACGCGCUGCGGAAGCUCGCUGAGCGGAACUACUAGCGGCGCCGGCACCGGCGUGCUCGAGCACUGCGCAACUACUCCCGCGCCGACGUGCUCGAGCACUGCUCAACUACUCUCGCGCCGGCGUGCUCGAGCACUGCGCAACUACUCCCGCGCCGACGUGCUCGAGCACUGCGCAACUACUCCCGCGCCGACGUGCUCGAGCACUGCUCAACUACUCCCGCACCGGCGUGCUCGAGCACUGCUCAACUACUCCUGCGUCGGCUGCUGCCUCAUCGAUCUUGCACGGAAUCUCUGGAUGCCCCUUUUCGUUGCCCCUAAGAAAAUUACUUUCAAUAUCUCGAGGUACUUUUGUAUUUGAGACCGUCACGAUUCUUGCCAAUGACUACACUAUGAAGGAUUUGCACGAGUAAAGUAUAGCUAAUUUAGAAUCUCAGGUGACCGUUUGUAGGAGACUGUCGAUUGUGGCAAGGGGCUAGUAUAUUAGUUAGCUGUAUGUCCUAAGUGUGAAUAAACAAAUAUAGAACUUGAAUUCUAAUAUUACCAAUUUUUUUUGGAUAUCAGAUUGAUGCUACGUAUUCAGGAUUUGCUAUACAAGCUUCCAGACUGUGAAUAAACGACGUAAUAUUUUGCCAACAUAGACUUGGUUGAUAUUUAUUGUAAAUCGAUUAUGUGCCUUUGUACUAUAACAAAAUGACUGGAUUUGAUGUAGUCAGUUUUAUUCAAAGAGAUUUAAAUGACACGUUUAUAGUGUGUGUUUGCACAAAAUAUGUUUAUUCAAUAUUGUAUAUUAAUUUUAAUUAAAUACAUCCAUUUACAUUUUACAGACCCUAAGUCAGUUUAAGUUUAAAUGUUAUAAAAUAGUCAUGACGAUUGCUAAGUCACGCUCUUAAAGUAUAAUCGAAUAGAAUGGUGCUUAGUUGAGGUUUUGUUAGAAAUAACUUGUAUUAUAGAGGUUUGAUGAGAUCACUUACACCAGCCGUCUUAGCGUAAGUUUUCAGUUUUAUAGUUAGCGGGCGGGUCGUGCCGCCGCGGCGCUUUGUAAGCAAUCAUUUUAGACGAUCCAUUUUCAUAUUUUUUACUUUAUUGAUCCUAUUUAUUAAUUUUCAUAGUAUUGAUGAAUUUAUUUAUUGGUGUGUGGUGAUUUUUAAUAUUUUCCUGUUACUCAUAGUCGCCGUAUUGGUGAAACAGAAACUGUGAUUGUUAAGAUGAAUAUUAAAAUUACUAUCACACUCGUUUUGUAUUCAAUGUGAAUAAACUAUAUAGUUGAAAA